UGAAUUUAGCAUAAAUUUGAUCGAGUUAUAUAAAUACAAUGAUUGUGAUUUCGAAAUCCAGACUCUUUUUCUAGUAACUUUUAACUAAUAUACCACAUAACACGCGCGAACACAAUGCAAUUUACAAUUUCUCUCUCUCUCUCUCUCUCUCGAUAAAAGAAAUUCUUUAAUGAUUCGCCGGAUGAACAAGUUGCAUGUUUAAUUCGUUUCUAGCUUCCUCAAAGCUUGAUCACUCGAUCGUAAAUCCUCAAAGAGUAAGUCCUAAAUGCAUUAAUCCACGCGGUGUGAAUCCUGCUUGAAGCCGAGACGAAGACUUUAUUGACGAUGACGUCACACCACGUGUGUUUUCUUCAACGAAUGUCAGACCCCACGCAAUGUGUUUCUCGAUUAGUGUAUAUAGUGUGGUCGUGGUUAUGCUGUCUUUUUUGACUGUGCCAAACGACAUGCGGUGGUACUUCCUCUGCUUAAUCUUGGCGCAUUAUGUUAUCGCUACUCCAGUCAAAGAACAUCAGGUAUAAUUCAUUAAACUAGUACAAUCGUAUAAAUAGAGGAGACUGGGCUAAGUGAGUACCGAGGCUAAGCUGGCAUUGAAUUUUGAAUGAUAAAAAUAUAUCUUAUGAGAUUUCAAUUUAUAUUGUAGAAAGCAUCUCGUGUGUCUUCUUCACCAACGAAAUUGCCGAUUCAAGCAAGCAACGACUAUGGGACCAAUGGAUGUUGCUUGUGCCAGUUCGAGGAUACGCAAUACAUGAGCAAUGUCUGUGGUGAUGGUAGCUCUUUUAUGACUUUAAUCCAACAUAUACUGUCCUCUAAAUGCGACAUUGCUGACCCUUGUCGACGAUUGGGCAGAGACGAAGCACCGAUCGAAUACGAAUGGUUCGACUAUAUAAUUGUCGGCGCAGGUGUAGCCGGACCAAUAAUCGCGAGAAGAUUGAGCGAAACUUCAUGGCAAAGAGUUUUGCUCAUCGAAGCUGGCCCUGAAGAACCUUCUAUGACAGCUAUACCAGCUUUUAUGUUGAAUACCAUAAAUACGUCCCUCGAUUGGAACUUUAAAACGGAAUCAACGGAAUCGCAUCCUACUGCCUGUUUGGAAACGGGUGGCGUCUGCACUUGGCCGAGAGGCAAAAUGGUAGCUGGAACCGGCGCUAUGCACGGUAUGAUGUACUAUCGAGGACAUCCUGAAAUCUACAAUCACUGGGCACGAGAGGGUAACUUGGAUUGGUCCUACGACGAGAUCAGUCAUUAUUUUGAACGGGUGGAGAAUCCAGUCCAUCCAACAAUCUUGUCAGACAAACCUAGAAGUUUAAAGGAAGGCGGCCCGAUGAAUAUUCAGUACUAUCCACACAAGCCGGACUUCGCAAACGUACUGUUGACAGCCGCCAGCGAACUGGGUUACAGAACCUCCCUAUUGAAAGAAUACAAUCAAACUGGCUUCAUGAUCGCGCCGAUGACAAUUGAGAACGGUAUGCGUCUUACAACUUCGAAAGCAUAUUUAAGACCAGUUCACGAUCGCAAGAAUCUGCGAGUGCUAACAAACGCGCAAGUCACCAAGAUCUUGAUUCGUCCGUGGGAACAGAAGGCUUACGGCGUGGAACUGGUGGAUAAGAAUGGCUAUAAAAGAGUGGUGAAAUGCGAUAAGGAAGUAAUUUUAACAGCUGGUGCUAUUGGCUCACCGCACAUCCUUCUGAAUUCUGGCAUAGGACCCGAAAAAGAUCUCGCCAAAUUCGGUAUUAAAGUAUUCAAAGAUCUGCCGGUUGGUAAGAAUUUGCAUAACCACGUGUCCGUGGGAGUGCCGAUGAGCAUCAAGGAUAUUCCAUACGAGAUAAUGACUAUGGACGCCGUAAAUAAAUUUUUGGAGAAUAAGACAGGACCAUUGACCAGCACUGGUCUCACUCAAAUUACCGGUUUCCUCGAAAGCAGUUAUGCGAUCAACGGCGUGCCGGAUAUCCAAGUCUUCUUUGAUGGUUUCAUUCCCAUUUGUUCAAAGACUGGUUUAGUCAAUGAGUGCAUCAAUGAUAAGUUCCAAUCUGAUUGCCCGGACAGAAGAAAGAUCGUAGUGAGACCUACGGUGAUUUUUGCAGAGAGUCGAGGCGACUUAAAACUCCGCUCAAAUAAUCCUUUGGAUCCGCCAUUGAUAUAUCCAAAUUACUUCACAAAAGAGAAGGAUUUGAUGAUUCUACUCGAAGGUAUCAAAAAGGUCAGCAAAUUUGUUGAUACGCCCACUAUGAAGAAAUGGGAUCUUCGUUUGGAACAAGUGAGAAGUCCAUUGUGUAGCGACUACCAUUUCGGCACGGACGCUUUCUGGCUGUGUCAAAUAAGAGCGAAAACUGGACCGGAAAAUCAUCAAUCUGGAACAUGCAAGUUGGGACCAAGUACUGAUCCAAGUGCAGUAGUAGAUUCGCAACUUCGAGUACAUGGUAUAUCGAAUAUCCGCGUCGCCGAUGCUUCCAUUUUUCCAAUUGUACCAAACUCAAAUCCUAUCGCCGGAAUCAUGAUGGUGGCUGAAAAGGCAGCCGAUAUGAUUAAAAAUACUUGGUUAUGAAAAUUUUAUUUUAAAUGUAUACAUUUUGAUAUAU